GGCGGCUGUUUUCCACUAGAGAGCGCGUUUCUUAACUAAAGCUGCUGAAGAUUUGAUGAGGGUGUGGACUGGAAGGGACGUAAGCAGUCUUUGCUUCAAUCUGUCAAGGCAACUAACAUUUAUAGCAAAAACCCAUAUGUAACAAAACCGAAAACACCAGAUCCAAGGAGCACUGCUGCCUUUGUCCCCUGGUCCCCUGUAGGUGUGUGCUCGGAGUCUGGGGUACGAAUGCUUUCCAGGCCCUCUUUGAAUCUCAGCGGUUACCUUUUGUUGUGUAGACGACCUUGCGCACCAAUCGUUAUCCAGGACGUGACGUUAGCCGUGAGAGUCCUGAGUUAGCCCCAGAGAGUCCGCAGAAGAGGCAGCAGCCAUGGAUGACAUCUUUACCCAAUGUCGGGAAGGCAACGCAGUGGCCGUCCGCCUUUGGCUGGACAACACAGAGAAUGACCUGAACCAGGGGGAUGACCACGGCUUCAGCCCUCUGCACUGGGCGUGUCGCGAGGGCCGCUCCAACGUGGUGGACAUGCUGAUCAUGCGCGGCGCCCGCAUCAACGUGAUGAACCGCGGGGACGACACACCGCUGCACCUGGCCUCCAGCCACGGCCACCGCGACAUCGUCGGCAAGCUGAUCCAGUGCAAGGCGGACACCAACGCGGCCAAUGAGCAUGGCAACACGCCGCUGCACUACGCCUGCUUCUGGGGACAGGACCUGGUGGCCGAGGACCUGGUAACCAACGGUGCCCAGGUGAGCAUCUGCAACAAAUACGGAGAAACCCCACUGGACAAGGCUAAAGUACACCUGCGCGACCUCCUGAAAGAGCGAGCAGAGAAGCUUGGACAGAACUUGACGAAAGUGCCUUUCAAAGACACUUUCUGGAAAGGCACCACUCGAACACGACCCCGUAACGGCACACUGAACAAACAUGCAGGUAUUGACUUCAAACAGCUGUCCCUCCUGUUGAAAGUCAAUGACAACCACUCUGGAGAGCUGUGGCAAGGGCGCUGGCAAGGCACUGAGGUUGUGGUGAAGCUUCUUAAGGUUCGCGACUGGACCACCAGAAAGAGCAGAGAUUUCAAUGAGGAACAUCCAAAGCUGAGGAUAUUUUCCCACCCGAAUGUCCUUCCUGUCCUUGGGGCAUGCCAGGCACCCCCUGCCCCCCACCCCGUCAUCAUCACACAUUGGAUGCCGUACGGCUCUCUCUAUAAUGUACUCCACGAGGGCACAAACUUUGUGGUGGACCAGACCCAGGCGGUGAAGUUUGCGUUGGACAUCGCCUGUGGCAUGGCUUUCCUUCACACGUUGGAGCCCAUGAUCGCCCGGCACUAUCUAAACAGCAGGAGCGUCAUGGUUGACGAGGACAUGACGGCACGGAUCAGCAUGGCGGAUGUGAAGUUUUCCUUCCAGUGCCCCGGGAGGAUGUACUCCCCAGCUUGGAUGGCCCCUGAGGCCUUGCAGAAGAAGCCAGAGGAGAUCAACAGGCGUUCUGCAGACAUGUGGAGCUUUGCCAUCCUGCUGUGGGAGCUGGUGACCAGGGAAGUGCCCUUCGCAGACCUGUCAAACAUGGAGAUUGGCAUGAAGGUGGCCCUGGAAGGCCUUCGGCCCACCAUCCCUCCCGGCAUCUCGCCCCACAUCUGCAAGCUGAUGAAGAUCUGCAUGAAUGAGGACCCGGCCAAGAGACCCAAGUUCGACAUGAUUGUCCCCAUCCUGGAGAAAAUGCAGGACAAGUGAAAUUGUUACACCCACCACCACCACCACCGCCACCACUCACUUAACCUGAACGUGACCCUCCCACUUAUCCCUUACUCCCCCUACUGUACCCCAGAAUAGAUAUCUUGCUCCUUACGGCACCAAAAAAAAGUGUGGUGCAUUACCAGUGUUGCCUUAAAACUCCUUCCUGUCACUACUUUACGCUACGCUGUACACCACUUUAACUCGUGUCUCUGUAAAAAAAAAGAGAGAAAGAAAAAAGGAAAGAAAUGAAAAAAAAAGAAGAAGAGAGAACGUUUUUGAAGAUGUCACAUUUACUAGUAACAGUUUUAUUUUCUUUUUUUUGUUUUUGGUCCCUCAUUCAUUUUUUUCUAAGAUGUGUUUUCUUUCAUUUCAUUCAUAUGAUUGUUAAUACGAUUUUACUUAAGCUACUGUGUGCACACCCCCACCUACCCACCGUUUAAUGUACCGCAUUGACUGUUAGUAUUGUCACGGGCUCUGCAGAAUUGCGCUAUAUUAUGACUGAUUUGUCUGCAUGGAGCCAAACGACUCAAUCAGUGCCUGCCUUCAAAGCAGUGUCUUCUUGUUGCUCUCUGCGAUGGAAUCCACCUCCAUUAAGUCCCGCCCAUUUCAUAUUUCAUUCAUCUCUCUCGGAAUUGUCCGGGCGGUCUGCUAGUUAGUUCCAUGGCUAGGUCCGGUUAAUUGUCGCCAUUGAAGUCUAUGGCCUAUGGACUGAAAUCCAAUGAGAGCUCCAGUGCUAGCAAUAGCAUUGCAACGCCCUUGUCACUGGUGGAUGAUGAGGUGAAUAGAACUCCGAAUACAAAAUACAAUCAUGCCAAUCAGUGUGGAAAAAAGGCACUGAACACUUCUGCUUUUCCAACAAAAAAGGACUAUUUAAACGUGAAUGCUACAUGUUCAUUGCUCUGCGGCAUUGCAAAAAAGAAGACUGUGGUGGUUCUGUGUUUUUGUUUUUUUUAAAGUGUUGAUGUGUGUGAGUUGCGUGCGUAUGUGUGAUGCGUGUGUGUGUCUAUGCAUAUCGGAUUGUGCAACUGCUGUAAGCUGCUUAAUCAGUCCAAAAUCAUUUCACUGUUCCUCAGAAAAAGGGUAACAGACUGCUUGAAACUUCAGUGUCGCACUCUUAGGCCUUAAAGUGUUUUCUAUCCACAUUCAGAUGUGGAAUAAUGUGGAAGGCCUUGACUGGUGUGUGCUUUCUCCCCUUCGGUGAAGCUGUAGCGUUGCGCCAGAAUGCCUUGGCCACAAGAAAGAAUCCUCACACUCUUGCUUUCCAUCGCACGAGGCACCCUGUGUAGCAGUGCGCCACAUUUCACACAAGUGCUCCAUUGUGCACAUGACUUUAUGCCGUCUAUUUUUUUAUUUUAUUUUUAUUUUAUUUUUUGUUAUGUAUCUGGAAAUACUGAAUGUGCCAGAAAAAUACUCCAGCUCUUACAUUAACUCCCCAAAGGAAAAGGCCAUGUUGUAUUUCUUCACUUGUUAUUUUUCUUCUCCACACAGUGCUUGUUUUUACUCUACUUUGGGACUUUUGCUGCUUUACCUCUUCUCAGUCAUUGCCAUGUUAACUUCGCAUUACAUUAUAUAUUUCUUUAUUUUUAAAAAAGCAAAUUGUAUUUCAUCGUCCAUCCACUUGCUUGCUUGUUCUGAAAGAGGGGCAUAAGCCAAAACCAAGCAUGUCUUUAAAUAUAUGUAAUUUAUAUAUGUGCAUUAAAAAGUAUACUUGUUUAAAA